AUGGUACGUGUCCAGACCGCUCUAGCGAGAGCCGCGUGCGCCGCUGGACGGCUCCUCCGGUUGGCGGACGAGCGCGGGAAGAUCGUCAUAGUGACUUUGGCCAGGAGUCCGUGGGUCACCGAUUCCUGCAGGCAUUUCUACCCUGGGAUGGGCGAGCUCAUCAAGAAGCUCGGUAUCCAGAUUGUGUACGCGCGGGAUGGCGAGCAGAUUGAGCACAAUAAGGUGAAUUCGAUGGCCGAGGAUCAAUUCGAGACGUUCUGGGCCGAGACGAAGGGCAGGGCCAUCUUCAAGGUUCUGAGCGAUUUUUAUUCCCAGUACGAGGGGCAGUCCUGGAAGAACAUCCUAUCCGUGGGGGACUCACACUUUGAGCGGUACGGCACGAUGGCCGCGACGAUGCAGUAUGCUGCAGUCCAGGGCCUGGAUUUCUUCCUCCAGGAGAUCUGCCGGGGCAGUCUGCAGGCGACGGCGAGGGCGUGCGAGGGCUCGAAAGGGUCGACGCGGUCGUCGCUGUCUGUGUCGAGCGUGAAGAGCUUUGAGAGCAGGGGCAGUGGGAGGCGAAUGUCGUGGGAGGGAACCGUCGGCGGCUACCAGGUCAAGGUCAGGACGAAGACCUUCAGGAUGCUGGACGAUCCGACGGAAGAGGAGCUCCUCCCGAAGAAGAAAACCCGUUUGAUGUAUCGGUGGCUCCCUCUGAUGGUAGAGCUUGACGAAGGCUUCGACGUCGAUCUCAACAGCCUCGACGGCGAGGCGGCGUUCGAUAAGGUCGAGAGCACGCUGUUCGGCCUCAAGGACUGA